ACAUCAUCGCCCUGGGCGUGCGCUAGACCGACAAGCUCCGCCGAGUCCACUUCUCCUCACUUGCUCUCAGCUUUGCCGUAACGAUUCCAGCCGCUCUAUAUUUACAUUGAAGGCAUGAUAUAAAAGGCCUUCGUCCGUCACCAACUUCGAUCAUUCUCCACGGAAGCUGUUCUCCGCGCUUACAUCUUUGUCCAACUUCCUUUGCCAUCUCUUCGUCACAAGCCCCACAGUAUCACCACCCAAACUACUCAUCAUGCCUCUCGCGGAAUCGUGGACCCAAUGGGAGCAAAUGGCUGGUGGGCGAGCCACUCUGGGUGGCUCGGUCGAGGAGAUUCGAGCGCAGUAUGAUGGGCUAGUGCAGGCUUUGAUCCCCAUGAUGCCACCACUCCCCGAGGGCUCGGAUGUCGUUGAAGGCGCAGUGGACGGCGUGAAGUACCGCACUUACACCCCGAAGGAGGGCGAUGGACCUUUCCCCGUUAUUAUUUGGACUCAUGGAGGCGGGUACAUGCUCGGCAACCUCGAUUCCGACGAGUUCCUCUGCCGCGUCAUCGCCGAAAACACCAAAACUGCCGUUGUCAAUGUUGACUACAGGCUGUCGCCGGAGGCCAAAUGGCCCGCUCAGCUCGACGAUUCGGUCAAAGUGUACAAAUGGGCCGUCGAGAACGCAGCCAAAUUCAAAGGCGAUCCAAAGAAGGUCUUCACAGGCGGCGGUUCCGCAGGCGGCGGUCUAGCCCUGCAAGUUGCCAACCAAGUCCUGCGCGAUUCAAGCCUGAAACCCACCCUCAAGGGCAUCAUCGCCCUGGUGCCCGUCACCACGCACUACGACAACGUGCCCGCCAAGUACGCCGGCGACUACAAGUCGUACGAAGAAAACGGCAACGGCGCGCCCGUCAUCGACAAAACGAGCAUGGAAAUCUUCUUCCGCGAAACCGGCACCGAUCCCAAGGAUGCGUCGGCCUUCACCAUCCUCGCGACGGACAAGCACGCCGACUUCCCGCCCGUGUACUUUGCUUCGUGCGAGUUUGAUCCGCUGCGCGACGAUUCGAAGGUGAUGGAGAAGGCGCUGCAGGAGGCGGGCGUCAAGACUAAGCAUGAUUAUUGGCCGGGUUUCCCCCAUUACUUUUGGAUCUUCCCGCCUAUCCCCGAGGGGCAACAAUUUGUGGGUAAGAUGCUGGCGGGGAUUGAAUGGCUCAAGAGCCAGGCCUGAAUUUCUCCUGAGGCGCGGCUAUAAAACCAGGCACAGUGCAAUUGUCCCGCCGCCGAGACAUCAAAACGUAUAUACCGCAUGAUAGCUCCAUCCAUCUAUACAUAUGAACCAUCCC